AUGGAAAUGGCUGAUGCAAAAGACAUCGAUGAUGGAGCGACAGUAGCAGGCGCCAUGGAUGAGCUACUUGAGGAGGAUAGCCAAUUGGAAGCGGCAAUCACUGAAAUUGAGUUUAAGGAGACUCUUUUGGUUGAAAAGAGCAGCGCUUUGGAAGCUGAACGAAUUCGGUCUGAGUCCCUGGCCAACGAACUUGCGGCUCUGCGCCUCCUGCAACAGACUAUUUCGAGCCAAGCGGCGCAGCCGGCUGUGCCUCCCCAACCUGCAGCCAUGGUUCCCUUUCCCCAGGACAGGUCAGAGUCAGCAGCUUCCGAUUCUGUCGCGAAGGAGCCAACUCCGCCGGCUACUCCAGCGCAAGCAGCCAAGUCAAGCCCGCUUACGGCUCCACUACCGAGCUCGCCACCUCGGGCUACCACGACCAUUGCCAACCAACCUCCGCCUCGAGACACCAACGCUGCUGCUUCUUGGAGGGAACUUGUGACUCCAGAUCACACAGCACGGAUGCUGUCGACCUCGGACCAUAGCAAUGCGUUGGACCCACGCUCCGGUUCAGGGUCCUCUACUCCGUCUCUGGCCAGUUCUCGGGUCUCCGACAAUCCCUCGGAUGGUUCCCCAUCCCCGGUCUUCCCUAUCUUCCGUCAUCCUCAACACUCUCCUCCUUCUGACCGUACUAAGGGUAAACAAAGGAAGAAGAAGCCAUUGGCCAGCCGUGGAGCCUCCCGCUCCACGGCAGGGCCAUGA